AUGUCGAGCGCCGCCGGUGGAGGGGACUCCAAAUUGUUUGCUCGAGGCAAAGUUGCUGAGCUGCGUCUCGAGCUAAACAGUGGAGGAAAGAAAGAUAAGAAUUAUGCGGGCAAGAAGAUCGCACUCAAGAAGAUUGUCGCAAACAUGACUAUGAGCAAUAACGACAUGGUGGCCUUGUUCCCUGACAUUAUUGGGUGCAUGGGAAUCCAGAGUCUGGAAAUCAAGAAGAUGUGCUUCUUGUUUCUGGUCAACUACGCUAGGAUGAGGCCUGAGAUUGCUGUAAACGCAAUCCCUGUUUUGCAACAUGACAUGGAAGAUCACAAUCCUUUGGUGCGAGCGUUGGCUCUCAGGACAAUGUCUUAUAUCCAUGUUAGAGAAUUCGUCGAAGCUACUGUACCAAUAGUCAAGCACAUGCUGAAAGAUGGCGACCCUUAUGUGCGAAAAACGGCUGCAUUCUGCGUAGCGAAGCUCUACGACCACGAUCGAAACAUGGUAGAGAGCUCCGACCUCAUUGAUCGACUGAACUCACUUCUAAGGGAUGAUAAUCCUACCGUUGUUGCGAGUGCCCUGGCUGGUCUAAUGGAUAUCUGGGAGCGCAGCGAUGCCAUCAAACUCACCAUUGACUAUAGCAAUGCUUCCAAAAUGGUGGCUAUCCUUCCCGACUGUUCCGAAUGGGGUCAGACAUAUAUUCUAGAGGCUCUCAUGUCCUAUGUACCACAAGAAUCCGGAGAGGCGGUACUCCUGGCAGAGCGGAUAUCACCACGAUUGUCGCAUUCUAAUUCGUCUGUCGUGUUGACCUGCAUUCGGGUGAUUCUGUAUCUGAUGAACUAUAUUGCCGAUCAGAAGCAGAUCUCGGCCUUGUGCAGAAAGCUCUCACCACCUCUUGUCACACUUCUCGCAAAGGGUCCCGAAGUACAAUACCUUGCCCUCCGAAACGCUUUGUUGAUUCUUCAGCGACGACCAGAAGUGCUACGAAACGAUAUCCGCGUCUUUUUCUGCAAAUACAAUGAUCCCAUCUACGUCAAGGUCACAAAGCUGGAGCUCAUCUUCAUGCUUGCUACAGAGGAUAAUAUUGAUGAGGUAUUGACGGAACUGCGAGAGUAUGCUACUGAAAUCGACGUUCACUUUGUGCGCAAGGCGGUGCGCGCCAUUGGUAAGCUGGCGAUCAAGAUUGAACCAGCGGCACGACGGUGCAUCAACCUACUUCUCGAGCUUGUGGCUACCAAGAUCACAUACAUCGUGCAGGAAGCCACGGUUGUCAUCCGAAACAUCUUCCGAAAAUACCCCAACCAAUACGAAUCCAUCAUCAGCACCUUGUGCGAGCAUCUCGAUUCUUUGGAUGAGCCUGAGGCCAAGGCAGCUAUGGUUUGGGUCAUUGGUCAGUAUGCAGACCGAAUAGAGAACAGCGAUGCUUUGUUGGAAGACUUCCUAUACUCAUUUGCGGAGGAGCCUGUCGAGGUCCAGCUUGCUUUGCUCACUGCCACGGUAAAGCUCUUCAUUCAGCGACCUACCAAGGGACAGGAGUUGGUCCCGAAGGUGCUGAAGUGGGCGACGGAGGAGACCGACAACCCUGAUCUUCGAGAUAGAGCUUAUAUGUACUGGCGUCUCUUGUCGACAGACAUGAAUGCAGCCAGACAAAUCGUCAUGGGAGAAAAACCAGCUAUCACAGCCGAGUCGGAGAGACUCGACUCGGCUACAUUAGAGGAGAUGUGCCUGAACGUGGGAACACUAGCGACAGUCUAUCUGAAGCCGGUGCAGACUGUCUUUAGAUCUGCCCGACCACGCAAACUACAAGACUCUCCGGCGUUGCAGAAGCAAAAUCUUCUUGUUGCCGGAGACAGCCAGAAGAGCAUCAGCAUGUUUGGUAACGCUGGAGCAACGACGGAUAUCGACCUAAGGAGCCGAAACCCAAUGUCGGGUGAUGGUCAAGGGAACAUCGCACAGGCAGUCAGUGACGCGGAUGCCUACUUCUCAGGCAUUGGAACGCAGCAGAUGACGCCGAUGCAUGGUGAUCAAGGAGACGAUGUCUUUGGAGGAGGUAAUGGCCACUCGACAGGAUACGUGGUGAGCGCGCAUGCUCCUCAAGCCGUUCUUCAGCCAACGCAGGGUGCUGGUAGCAACGGUGAUUUGUUAAUGCUAUAA